ACGAUUAGCCAAGCGGGAGUGGUGAUAUGGCCUCGACAAAGUUUGCCAAGGAAGUGAGCAGCUGCCGGCCGAGUGGCAUUCUCUCACGCCUUUGCAUCUGGCCGACUGCUAACCCUGAACUUGCAUUGGAAAUCGAUACGAGUGGGCGGCGGGGUAGGCCUGGCAUUUCGAUUCGCCAGGCAAACUCUGCUGCAAAUUCGACUCCCAAAAUUCCUAGCUAAUCCGGCGAUUCGAUUUACAUUCAACGACUAAAAUGGAGUUCCUUGAUCCUGCACUCCACAGCAUCGACGAGGUGUAUGCUCAAUUUAAAGAGUACCAAAAGAAGCGUCAGGAGCAGCAGAUGGAGCUGGAAAACAAGCUGAAGACCCGGUUUGAUUUGGAUGCCGAUUUCAGGGAGCUCAACGCCCAGAUGGAAAAACUAAAUGCGGGGCUGGACGAGCUGGAUGAGCGGCAAAAGCGUCAGUUGCGUCAAAGAAAAACAAUGCUACAAUGCUUAGAUGUGAUUGAGCCUGCACCACAGGAUGAAGCUGUUUGCUCUUUACAGGAAGAAGAUCCCGAACCGAAACAACUGCUGAUUAAAUGCGGCGUGAGCAAGUGCCUCUUUGAAGAUUGCCAAAGACGUGUGAACAGCCAGCUGCUUUUGCUGCACUACCUCUGUGAUCAUAACCACAAGGAUGCUUCCUUCCAGCGCUCCCUUCCGCUGUUGGAGGGCGAACGGACUAUGCUCUCCCUCCAGCCGAAGACCUGUGAGUUUCGGGUUAACAAGGUGUUGGGACUACUGGCUUACAGGGGUCAGCUAAAUCAGCAGCGGCCUCGGGAGAUCCCGGUGGUGGUGUUAAUUUGUCGGACAGCCGCUCAUGCAUCUAUGAUGCGGUCACUGGAUAGCCAGAGGCAAGACGUCUUCGUCCUCUGGCUGGUCACUCCCAGUGACCGGCAACAGUUGAACGCCACGCUCCGUCUCUGCGGAAGAGAUGCUGCUGCAAGGGCCGACUGCGUGGUGGGUGUUCAAAGGGUAAUUCACAGCCAGGACGCGGACCAUUUCAUGACUGUCGACGAGAACUACUGGCAACUGACGUACGCCGAAGUGGAGAAACUCUCAAACAAUUUCCGGGACGAGCUGCACCUCGAGGUGUCGCUCACAGAGGCGAAGGCUUCAUAACCACUUGCU